AUGUCUUUGUUCACGAGUAUCGACACCGGAAUUGCUGAUGUUUUCCCGAAGCGUGACCAUCCCCUUCGUCCGCAGGAUCCCACAAACGGUGAGCCGGUAGAAACGAACAAAUUCUAUGGCAACAUGCUCUUGGACAAGCGCACACUUUAUGCGUUCCCGCAUCCAUUCAGUGUGUGGUGGACGGCCAUUGAUGAUUUCUAUGGUCUUGGUAUUUCGCACACAACCGCAUCACAACGGGUGUUUGGCCCCAAUCCCAACUCCAAUCCCGCUAGCUACUACUACAACCCUGUUGGCAUUAUGUCGCUGUGCCUGAGCGCUAAUCAGUUCAAUCACACGUCUCCUGCUUUCAGUACCAGCCAAUGGGGACCUCUGUCUGUUGUAGCUAAACUGAGUCUCGGUGAUGGACAGGUACAGUUUCCUAUAUUGAAUGGAAUGGGAUUCGUAACUGGCGUGUACUCCAAGCUGAAGCCUGUUGUAUCCUCGCAGAUUGGUAUCCGCAGUGUCGACAAUGCAGCUGUUAUUCGUGCUGGUUUGACUCGUCAAAAGGUGGUUCUUGAGAACGGUGUGACCUGGUUGGUCUAUACAACCUCGCCGUCAGGAGCCAGCGUGUCUUUUGGCAAGCGUGAUCCCAAUCAUCUAGACGCGAGCAGCGAUGAAGAUGGGCUUGUGGUUCAGGUAACAACUAUUGGUGAUGACUCCUGGGUGUCUACUAUCGACAGUGCAGCGGGUGCUUAUGGCACUGGGGUGAAACUAACUGGCGAGGUCAAUUCAGAUCAGACUAAGGCAACCUAUCGUUUCGAGUACGCGAUGGCCGGCUCUUCGACUGGUGGUGGUACAUUGAUCUAUGCCUUGCCUCAUCAUUACGAAUCUUUUACCUCCACUAUGAACAACAAAGUCACAAAGUACAAGUUGAGUUCUACUGUGCUUGGAGACAUGACAAUGUGCGUUGCCACCAGCCUCGAGAUGUUCGAAGAUCUACCCAAAGAUGUUGGAUUCCUUCCAUGGAAUGUGAGCAAACCAGCUGGAGACAACAACUUUGCUCACGGCAACUACAGUAGUGACGACCUCAAACUCAUUGCCCAGAGUGCGACUAACGAAACCAACGGUGACAUAAAGGCACUCACCAAUCUUUCUUCAAUGUAUUUUAGUGGCAAAGCAAUGGACAAGUUUGCUCUUAUUCUGCUUGUGGUGAAGUACAUUGUGAAAGAUGACAACUUUGCCCGCAACUUGGUUGACAAGUUGAAGUCUGCCUUUGAGACGUUCACCAAAAACCAACAGCAGACGCCGCUUGCCUAUGAUCAGCUCUACCACGGCCUUGUUUCACAAGCGGGCUGGAGUGAUCCAGGUCAAGAUUUCGGUAACACCUACUAUAAUGACCACCACUUCCACUACGGGUACUUUGUUCAUGCUGCUGCUGUGCUAGGAAAAGUCGAUGCAGAGCUAGGUGGCAGUUGGGCCAAGGAUAACAAGCAGUGGGUCAACUCUCUUGUUCGUGACGUUGCUAACUUUGGCGAUGAUAAGACGUUCCCUAUUUCUCGCUCCUUUGACUGGUUCCAAGGUCAUUCCCUUGCCAAGGGCCUGUUUGCCUCUGGUGAUGGUAAGGAUGAGGAGUCUUCCUCGGAGGACUAUCACUUUUACUACGGAAUGAAACUUUGGGCGCAGGUGAUUGGUGAUACAUCUAUGGAACGCCGUGCGGACCUUAUUCUUGCCAUCGAGAGGCGAGCCAUGGGCCACUACAUGCUUUUCUCGUCCAACAACACAACCGAGCCUGCUCAAAUUUUGCCCAACCGUGUGUCCGGUAUCAAAUUUGAAAACAAGAUCGACCACACUACGUACUUUGGCACCAAUUUGGAGUAUAUCCAGGGUAUCCACAUGAUUCCGCUGACUCCGAUUUCGCCCUACGUGCGACAACCGCAGUUUGUGCGUGAGGAAUGGGACGCCGUAAUUGGUGGUCUCGUAGACAACGUCGACAGCGGCUGGAAGGGUAUCUUGCAGCUCAACCGCGCCAUCAUUGAUCCGACGGCGUCGUGGUCAUUCUUUUCUCAGGCCAAUUUCCAGAAUAAAUGGUUGGAUGAUGGCCUCUCGAGAACCUGGGCUCUUGCGUUUUCCAAGGGCUUAUUGUAA